GUGCCUCGUCCCAUGAAUUCGUUCAUGCUGUAUCGGUCAGCAUAUGCCGAUCGUACCAAACAGUGGUUUCUACAGAACAAUCAUCAGCACGUAUCCAAAGUUUCCGGCAGGAGCUGGGCGAUGGAGCCACAAGAAAUUCGCAAUCAAUUUGACAAUUGGGCGAAGAUCGAGCGCACCAACCACCAACUCGCAUAUCCAAAUUACAAGUUCUCUCCUAGCAAGGCCACAGCCAAGCGUCAGCGU